AUGACUAAGUUCACUCUGAAGAAGAUUGUGCUUGUAUUUGAUCAGCAAGAUUCAAUGCUCUGUAAUCUACAUUUGUCACAUGUUUCAAUUUUAUAUAGAAACAGCCUCGACUUUCGAUUUGAUAGAGGUUUCAUAGAGACUUGUAGAUCCUAUACAAAAGGCACACUCUUUGUGAUGAUGUCUGGAGUUAGCACUGCUAUAAAUUUGAAACCUGACAGACGAUGCAGAUAUUUUGGGUGUUUGCCAGCAUUCAAGAGAGUAGAACUUCAAAGAGAUACAGACUCCAGAUUAUAUCAGUUUUUGGUAUCAAGAGCAAAGAUGUUGAGAGAGCACAUAGCUGGGAAUUCCAAUAAGUACAAAGUUUUAUUCACAGACUUGUUACCAUUACAACUAGAUGCUAUAGAAAGAUCUGAUGCUCUCUAUCAUAUGAGAACUUCUGGUCAUGUGAUUCCUAUACUACCAGAAAUUUCCUAUUUGGUGGAAAAUGCGUGUCUCUCAGGUGCCGUGGAGAGGUUUAAUAGUUGGGCACGGGAGGAUGCAGCUGCUCAAGGCUUUCAAGAGUGGAGCUACAUUGAGAAAAUCAGAAAACCACAGUAUGCUAAUAAUGGUAGAACUUUAGUUGCUUGUGUCCAAAGGCACCGGAAAGUGGCUGUCAUAUCAGCUAUCCGUAAGACUGUACAGAAGUUAAUUAAAGAUAACUAUUCUGUAUCAACAAAAUCAGCAGUAAAUAGUUCAGUUUUACAUGAUUCUUCUCAAGUUGCUUCAGUGAACAAUGCAGUGCUUUCAAUUUCAGCAGAGAGUGCUAAUAUUUCAUUGGCAGUCACAACUGCAGGUAGCACACUGACAGAUUCUACAAGUAAAAUACAAUCUGCUACAAUUGCUUCAGGAACUACAAACAAAAACUUGUCAGCAGGCCAAGUUACUGAUAAAAAAACACUUCCUGUAAUAAGCUCUGCACAGGAUACUCCUGCCAAAUUAGUAGGAUUUGAAGCUACAGCAAAAAUACCAGCUACAGCUGGCAUGCCAGGAGGAUUAGAAUCAACUUGUGGAACAACAGUAGUCUUUAACGCAGAAGAUUCUGUAAGGGAGACACUAAUAACAUCAGGUCCCACAAACAAGGCAGAAAUCGCAACAGAUUCUACCAACGAAACAACAGCUUCUUCAGACACCUCACGAACCACAACAUACUGUACAAACAAGGCAACAGCUACAACUACUGCUUCAGGAAGCAGCAUACUUACCACAAAAUUUGUUUUUACAGAUAAUACCCCAGUCACUACACCUUCUACAAGUAAGAAACUCAUUACACCAACUAUAAGCAUGGCUCCAGCCACAAGCAAGACACUAGCUCCAGAAACAACUUGUACAAGCAAAAUGCAAACUACAACAAAAGCUUCAAAUGAGACAUCAGCUACAACAAGAGAGACGAGCAAGAUGGCAGAUACAACAAAGAGCAAAGCACAAGUUACAGCAGUUACAAGUGACACACCAGCUGCAUCGACAGCUUCUACAAGCAAGGUCUCAACUACAACACCUACAAGCAAAGCACCAACUA